UGGAUGGGAUGUGGGGGUAGGCUAAUAUUCAAUGUACAUCUUCCCUCAACAAAACUAAUAUAAAAAACAAUCCAAAAAUAGAAAGAAAUCGGGGGGAAGAUCCAAUGAUGUCAAUCUUGAUGAGCUUUUUCUUUCCUCCUCCUCCCUCUCUCUUCAUCACGGCCAUGACCAUUGUAAGCUUCACCUCUCUUGCAUACACCGGACUCUCUGAAAUCAGAGGGAAACACCUUCACUACUCCAAAUUUUGGAACGUUGGAAAUUCUUCGGAAAACAAAAAGAUAGAAAAUGAGAUUAAAAUCUCUAGCAGAGUUGGGAUGCUCUUGUUCUAUGGGCCCGCUGCUGCUGCGGCCGCGGCCUCUUUCUUUGUUCCAGGCUUGGUGGUUGGCCUUAGAGCUCAGUUGCUUAGCUGGGCUCUUCUUGUUCAAUUCUUCAAGAGGGUACUUGAGGUUUUGUUCAUUCAUCAGUACAGUGGACAGAUACUCCUUAGCUCAGCAGUUCCUAUAACCUCAAGUUAUCUUAGUGGCACGGUGAGCAUGAUAUACACACAAUAUCUUUCUCAAAACAUGACUCAACCAUCAAUAGAUUUGAAAUAUCCAGGACUCGUUCUGUUUCUAAUAGGAAUUGCAGGCAAUUUUUACCACCAUGUCCUCCUGUCAAAACUGAGACAAAAGAAUGAGAAAGGCUACAAGAUCCCAAAGGGAGGUCUCUUCGGGUUGAUUAUAUGCCCACAUUAUCUCUUCGAGAUCAUAGCCUUUUAUGGAAUCACUCUCAUUGCACAAACUAUGUAUGCCCUUUCUUUCGCCUUGGGAACUACUGUCUAUUUGAUAGGUAGGAGUUUUGCUACGAGAAAAUGGUAUCUCUCCAAGUUUGAAAGAUUUCCUAGAGAGGUCAAGGCCUUAAUACCUUAUAUUUUCUAAGUGUGAUUCUGGAUCAUGAUCCCUAUAGUAACUGGUUUGGGUGACGAAACUUCUAAUGUUAGUGAUGAAGCUAUUUUCCUGCGGAAUAGUUUGUGAAGUCUCCCUUAUCACUAAGUUCUGUUAAUGUUGAGGAAUGAAUUGGGUGUUUGUAUCAAUUUGCUAACUGUAUAAAUAAAGUUCUUGGAUCUAAUUUAGUUAUGAAAGUCUGUAUCAUUUAUUUGUUUUC